UUUGCGGUUUGUGUAUUUCGUUUUUAACGAAAGCGGGAGGCGACGGCACCGGGAUUACUAAUUUUUCUACGAAAGGGAAAAACUUAUUUUUCGUGAUUUCGUUGGCGGGGGAGGGGGGGGGGGGGGAGAACCGUCCUCGCCUUCCUGUUGAUCCGCGGCGGGGAGCGGGCUCACCCCUCCAGCGUCCCGGCCCCGGCCGUCGCGGAACCUCGGACGGGAGCGCUGCCGGAUUUAGCAGUUUUAUCCCGAUGCGGGUGUCCUUCCUCUCUGUAAAGUCGUAAGUACCUUGAGGUGGGAGGAGUAAAUUCAGCCUGACACUGAGAGCGCUUUUGUUGAAACAGGAGAGACUUGCGGUGUCCCUACUUAAAUAUGACACAUGACGAUGGACAGGACGCCCGCCCCGCCGCCCCCCAGUGACCCCCGCGAUGCCCGCCCCCCCCGGCGGCACGACUCGGAAGCGGAGACCACGAGCGAGCCGGAGAGCAACCGCGGGGGCAUGGAGGCGCCGGCUGACCCCCAGCUGCUGCUCAACGGGGCGUCCAAGGAGGCGGGUGGACCCUCCCCCGGGCCCCCCGCCGCCCCCGUCCCCGUCAUCGAGCUGGUGCGCCGGGGGGGCUCCUUGGACAUAAAAAGCCGGGAGGUGGCGGGGGAGGCGAUGCAGAGAGCUCCGGGUUCCGAUCCGUGCCGCGCCGCGGAAGCCGCCUGUGAGGCUCGCAUGGUGCAGCUGAGCCCCCCCGCCCUCCCGCUGCAGCCCCCCGGCAGGGCCAUGCUCUACAACUUGGGUCAGCCGCUGGCCACCAUCAACAGCGGGUUUUUCGGCGAACCGGACUCCUUCUCCAUGUACGGCAGCAACCGGGUGAAGAGGAGACCCUCUCCCUAUGAGAUGGAGAUCACCGACGGUCCUCACACAAAAGUGGUUCGUCGCAUUUUUACCAACAGCCGGGAAAGGUGGAGGCAGCAGAACGUCAACGGAGCCUUCGCAGAGCUUCGCAAGCUCAUCCCCACCCACCCACCCGACAAAAAACUCAGCAAGAACGAGAUUUUGCGCCUGGCUAUGAAAUACAUCAACUUCCUGGCCAAGCUGCUCAACGACCAGGAGGAAGAAGGAAACCAAAGGGGCAAAGUGAACAAAGACUCUGGGAUAGUCCAGGAAGACCUCCUGCAGGACAUGUUGUCUCCUAACUCUAGCUGUGGAAGUUCUUUAGACGGAGCUGCCAGCCCGGACAGCUUCACAGAGGAACACGAAACCUUGGAUUCCAAGCACACGCGGGGCCUGCACCACGCCAUGCUCCCUGUAGAAGGCAACGCGCAGCGGUGAUGACCUCCUGCCCGGCUCCCGAAGCACCGAGGGGGGAGAAGAGGACCCAAAAGUGCUUGGACUUGUGCCCGUGGGAUUUGUGACUCUGCCUUUCCCCUGGAGCUUGGAGUCCCCACUCUCCCCAGCCUGGGACGGAGCGGCCGGCGCCUUGGCCGAGGAUGAGCCCAAUCCAGGCGGACGUUCGGUAUUUAGGUACGUGAUGGGACGAAGAAGAAAAGCAUUGAAGUCAUCUUCGUUGUACAUACUGCUCGUGAUGUGACUCUGUGGAGGGGCAGGAGAUGCAGCCAGAGCCUCUCUGCCAUUUAGAGGGUUUUCAGACCGUCCGUGACGACUGUCACCUUGCCUGCUUGAGACACAAAACUUCUCUUUCAGUGCUGCUGGAGGCCGUCGAUGCUUUCCAGCUCCACGUGAUGCUGGAAAACUGCUGAAACCUGACAGUGCUGUGACAUUUGUCCAGCCUGUGGCAUGUACAGCUGGUCUGAGCAGGAGCUGGGGCCACGUGCUCCUGGUGUUUGAGAGUUUUUGACUGUAUCUUUAAAAGAGGUGAAAAAUACCCUCAGCAAAAGAACUAUUAAAAGGAUUAAGUUUUGGGUUUUUUUUUCCUUUUCUACUGCUUUUUUUUUUUUUUUUUUUUUUUUGGUCUUCCUCCUCCUUCCUUUUCCUUAUACUUAACUUUGGAUUGUUUGGGGUUGUUGUAUUUAUGACGUGGGAUUACUUCUGUUUCAGGCUGUCAUGCAGUAUCCACUGAACAAAAAAGGUACAUAGGUGUUUUCUGCCACCCUCCCAGUCCUUGAUUUUUCUGCUGGGAAUGCUCAUCUGGUGAGCUGCGACCCUGCUGCAUUCUCCUGGAGUUUUCCCAGUGGUGUUUGUAGGGCCAGAAGUUCUCUCAAGGAAGAUGAAAUUCAGAAUUUGUAAGGCAGGGUGGGGCUUGAAUUUUCUAGUGAAACCCAGUGAUCCCCUUGGACUGGGGGAUUUUUAAAUUCAAAAAGCAACGAAAAAGGCAAAAAAGAAUCAAUGAUGCAUCAACAGUGUGUGUGUACAUAGGGUUAUAAAAGGGUUUUAAUGGUA